CCAAGCUUAUGUGGCGCCAAAUGAUCCCCAACCGUUUCCAUUUCAAUUAACAGAUAACAUCGUCAAAUAUUCCCCCAAAAAUGACACACAUCAAUUUCAUGGCUCUCCACACCAACUUGAACAACAUCCCUCUCUUCUCCUCUUUCAAAUCCCCCAAUUUCAAUACUCGCUUCAAAACCUCAAUUGCUUCCCCCUUGUCAGUCCGCUCAGCUUCACCUCAAAAUGAGAACGAAACUCAAGUUCCAGAGCCAGAGGUGCCCAAAAAGCUCUCCGAGCAGUCGUCGUGGGAGGCGAAAGACUCCGAGGGCAACGAUUAUCUUUACAGGCUUGGGAAAGAGUCUGAUAACAUGAAUAUCGCUGUGGGAGCUCGGGCUGGCGUCAUUGAUGAUCUUUUCACCGGUCAAUUCCUCGGCCGAGACUCGGAUAUUGUGUUUGAUUAUCGUCAAACAGUGACUAGGUCAUUUGAGUACCUUCAGGGCGAUUAUUACAUUGCUCCUGCUUUCAUGGAUAAAGUUGUGUGCCACAUCGUGAAGAACUACAUUGCUCACCUUCUUAAUGCCAAAGUUCCUCUGAUUCUUGGCAUUUGGGGAGGGAAAGGCCAAGGAAAGUCCUUCCAAACCGAACUUAUAUUCCAGGCCAUGGGUGUUGAACCAGUUAUUAUGUCCGCUGGGGAAUUGGAAUCGGAAAGAGCUGGAGAACCAGGAAGAUUGAUACGUGACCGGUACAGAACUGCUUCUCAAGUGGUCACAAAUAAAGGAAAGAUGAGCUGCCUAAUGAUCAAUGAUAUUGAUGCUGGCCUUGGUAGAUUUGGAAACACUCAAAUGACAGUCAACAAUCAAAUUGUUCAGGGGACUUUAAUGAAUUUGUCAGAUAAUCCUACAAGAGUUAGUAUUGGGCAGGAUUGGCGUGCAACAGAUGUUACACAUAGAAUUCCUAUCAUUUUCACGGGAAAUGAUUUUUCAACGCUCUAUGCUCCUCUGAUACGUGAUGGAAGGAUGGAAAAAUUCCUCUGGCAGCCUAACCAAGAAGAUAUCAUAAAUAUUGUCAACAGAAUGUACGAGAAAGAUGGCAUAUCAAGGGCUGAGGUUGAACACAUAGUGAAUACAUUCCCUAAUCAAGCGCUGGACUUUUACGGAGCUCUCAGGUCUCGUACAUAUGAUAGGUCAAUCUUAAAGUGGGUGGAAGAUACUGGAGGUUUUGAAACUCUUGGAAAUAGACUUCUCGGACGUAAAAAGGAUGAAAAUCUCUCCACGUUCAUUCCCCCCCAGCAAACAAUAGAAACAUUACUCGAGUCCGGUUAUUCUCUUAUUGAAGAACAAAAGUUAGUAAUGGAGACUAAACUUUCGAAGGAGUACAUGAAGAAUAUGGAUGACUCAUGACUAAUGGAGCAGGAAAAGGUAAGCAUAUCCUGGUUUUAAAGACAUGAAAUUCAACUCCGGAUAUAUUUUUGGUGUAAUUCAUUUUAACACGAGUAAAGAACAAUGAUAGUUUUGCUAAAUAUAAAUACAAAAAUCAGUGCUGCACGUUUCUAAAUAUAUAGUAUAAAAAAUGUGUAGCCAGGUGCGAGUUGCCCGACACCAUAGAUUCUCUCUUCUAAAUAGGUGUAUUCAAAAGUUGCUCUAGAAGGUAUAUCGGUAAAUAACAUCCUUUUUCAGCUUGCGUGUUCAAGUUGGCGAUGAUGUUUGUUCAUUUUCAUGACAUGGUGAUCAGAAUCUCUGAUCAUCUGCUGUUUCAACUUGUGCAGCUUAUUAUUACAGUGUAUAUAAUCAAAUUAUUUUGGUUACAUAAAAAUGAAGGAGAAGGGUGUCACCCUAAGUUAUACUCCUGUUUACAAUAAGGCCCACAGCUUUCGCGUGUUACACGAGUCGUAUAAAACUUUCGCAUGCUACUUACACAAUUAUUGUACACAGUUAACAACAUCGCACAGACCAACAAUUCAACAUGCGCUAUGGCCAUGAUAUUUAUUUUACCUUGUAAUUCACCUAGUAUUCCUCUUGCUUGUCCCUUCUUCCCAUUUCUUUCCAAUCAAUAAACAAUUUGAGUAGUGUAGUGUUGGCAGAGGUUCCUCCUCCACUGACAGUGCUGGUGGAAACAGACGAAAUAGACCUGAGGCUGAGCCCAGAGCUAAGCUUACGCAAACACAUUGUGCGUUUCGUGCCCACUUGCCAUCACCCACCACUCACCAAUAGAGCUCUCCUUUCCCUUCACUGCCUUGGAAAAUGUCAAUUCAAAUCGCAUUUUCGGCCCACAUUUGCCAUAUAAACAUGGUAUGAGAUUCUUCUAGAUUGGCCUUUUAUAUGUUUUACAUAUUCUCCACUCCUGCCUCUCAUCCAGUAUAUAUAAAGCAUGCUUACAUGAUAGACCAAUAUGUUUUAUAUCUAUCUGUCCACCUUGUGAGAUUUCAGGAUUUUUACAUAUAAAACCAAACAUAUCUUGUUGACCUAUCUUUUGGAUAAAGCUCGUCCAUGUACUUGGAUUCUUUCUGGUUUGUAGUCUAGCUUCAAAAGAUUACUAGUUACAUAUGAUUGCUAAAAUUUUAUAUCAGUGUAGCACUACUGCACCAAGUUUACCAUUUUUGUUAUGUUCUUCCCAUUCAAUGUAAAUUUUAGUCAUCAUUUGGUUUAGUUCUACAUGUUACCUCUUGCUAAACUCACUCCCAUAUUAUUCCACGAUGAUUUUCGGUGAACAAGAUAUUUAAACACUCACUUAUAUCUUAUUCUCGUAUGAUUUUUGGUGAACAAAAUUUUCAAAUUGUAUACAAAACUCACGAUUAAUGUUUAACGACAUAUUUUUUUUUCAUGCCCCGAGUCCUUUUUGACAUAUUUUUGACACUUUUUUCAUGCCCCGGGUCCUUUUUGAAUUUUAUUAGGAAUAGCCGUAUAGGUUUUGCGGAGACCUCUUUUAUUUAUAAAACAAUAAUCUGAUAGUCAUGUAUUUAUGGAGUAUCAUUUAAUUAGUUAAAUAAAAUUUGAACAUGUGUUCUUCGCCUAACCGUGCAUGUGUUUCAAAUUUCAACCAACUUUGGUAGUUUAUACGAAGUCCCAGAACCUCAAUCUAUUUGUUCGAAUAUGAAAUCAACCGAGGGGGAAAAGAUAUUUAUUAUUACGAUCCGACAUUUUAUGAGCAAAACGCAACCUAUCAAAAACAACAAUUCUGAUAUUUUCAUUCUCAAGAUUCAAGGCUAUUACUUUAACACCGCUUAUAAAUUCAACCAUUUCCAAGAAUUUCUAGGGUCACUGGCACGAGCUGCCAUGAGACAGACAAGUCGCUCCUUCACUAUUGCAGAGCGGCCACAAUCUGACUAAGAUUUUAAAGUACUAAAUCGUGUAACAUUGUAGAAGAAAAAAGAAGAACUGUCGGACGAUCUAACAUCUUGAAUUGUAAAAAGACAUGUCAAUUUUUCUAACACUAAUAUUUGGGACAUUUUUCUUGAAAAUUAUGAUAAUAAAAGCCAAAUUCACCUGGCAGAACUCUUUAGUUUUUAGUAAUUAAAAUGUUUAAAGUCAAGAAAACUGACACUAUAGUAAAGUAGUUUAAACUGAGUCGUAGUUAAAUUGAUGAGUGUCAUGGUGCAAUUGGGAAGAUGUCGCAUCCCUUGUGAAAUAUAAAAGGAGCAAGUUUUUCUUUAAAAAUCUAGGCUUGUCUGAUGCCCUAUCCUUUUCGGACCGUAUAGUUCCACCACGUGGCUUCUAAAAUGCUACCGACACUACUCUGCCGAUCAUCAUCGUCUCUGUCAUCCCACUUUCAUUAUGUAUCAUAUCAUCACUUCAAUAUUAUUUUGCUUUAAACAUUUUUAAUCAAAAAGAAAUAAUAAUACAAGUGCUCAUAUCCCGUUGAAAUAAAAACUGGUCAUUUAUAUAUUACCGUUUAUAAAAUAUAUUAUACAGACGGAUUAUAAGUGAUGAAUACUCAGAUGGCAAUUGAUAUGAGAAGGCGUCAGCUAUAUAUGCCUGGGCCUUGGAAAAGAAAUGUCAAAGUUGGAGGGGAAAGAAAAAACACCAAUGGACAAAGGGAUCCCAAGGGCCAUUAACACCACGUGUCUUAUUCACACUAGCCAGACAAAGUAGCAGACUUUUUAAAUUUUAAAUUCAUUAACGGUUUUUCUAUGGUGUGCCCAAGGGCACACACUAAGCACUAAUUUUUAUGAGUUUGGUGCAUUUUUAUUGGUCAUGUAAUCAUAAAUAUGGAUGGCCCCCCUUGCAUUUACACCAACUCCACCGAUCAAAAUCCACUAAACUCAUCAAAUUUAGUGCUUAAUGUGUGCCCUUGGGCACACACUAGAAAGACCCAUUCAUUAACACUGAAAAUUUAUUAUUCAUCAUCGUUGAGUCUUUAAUAGUUACCGUAUGAUUAAAAAUCGGGAAAAUAUUAAAUAAUGAUAAUCAAAUGAUCAAAGAUCAAUUGACAUGAUUAAUUGAAUUAAAAAUCAAAUAUAUGAUUUAUUUAGUAUAUCAGUUUAAUAUGUUAUAUAACAGUUCAUUUAUAAAACUUUAUAGAGAUUAAUCGAAUUUAAAAAUCAAAUCAGACAAAACAUCUUGGAGGAAAUUAAUCGAUCGAGUCAGAUAUUUUUAGAGCCACGAUUACUACAGAAUUUUACAUAUUUCAAUUUUCAGUAUAAUAUCAGCUAUACGCAGGAAAUGCUUCUACAGAUCCUAUUCGAAGAUCCUCCCACCUCUGUACACAUCGAAUAACUCUCCUAAUUAUAUUGACCUUGAUCUUUCAACAUAAUCUUACAACUAAUACAAAUAAUUGACUACUCUAACCGCAAAAUAUAUUUGUUUGAUAUAAAUACAUACUUAAAAUGAGGAGAGUGAAUCCCCAAUCUCCAAGUCUAUUCUAUAUAUGACUCGCCCAACCGCUAUUUGUCGUGCUGCUCUACACUACUGCUACUACACACUCCCUCUCCAAUCCUAACCAACAAAUCUCUCUCUCUCUCUCUCCAUCUUUUUAUAACUCUCUUUCACACCACCACGAACUCCGCUCUAGAAGAUAUUCCCUCUACUACAGCAGUUGGUGUUUACACAAAAGAGUUGAUCCAUUAUAUACAUGCACAAGUUACUAUAUACUUCAAAUAAAAGGGUACAUAGAGCCACAUAUCUACAUAUCAGUUCAAGUAAAUAAUCAGGAGAAGGGGAGUUCUGGCGGGGCUAAGAGAGAUAGCGAAGCGAAUCGGAGGCAGUGUCAGAAGGAGGAGAGGGAGGAGGAGAAGGAGGCCGAUCAAGGUGAUGGAGCUAUGGAAAAAGAUGGUCUUUCCUGUCAGAAAACUUUGUUUAAGUGUUGUUUCUCGUCUCAAGGCUCGCAAAAAUGGUGCCGCACUCCUGAAGCUUCACAAUGAUAUACAAACCUGUGGUUAUGAGGAUGUUCAGGUAAUGUGGGAAAUGCUUAGGAAAACAGAAUCCGAGAUGAUCUCACGCUCCUCAAAGAGGAAGCAUAAGCCAUUUUGGAGGGUUUUUCUAUGGCACAGCCAUGAAGGCCCUUCAACUUUCUCCAUGAACAAACUUAACUAGGGUGUCUCUGGUUCAUAUAUCAAUAAUACAUGUCUCCUCUGAUGUGCUGCAACAAGACAUGGAUGCAUCAGUAUCUAGAAGCAAACUUCUAACAGCUGAGAAGGUGAUAUGGUUUAAGAGCAAUUGGAAGUAUGUUGAUCUACAUUACCACUUACCAGUACAACAAAUACUUUUACAAAGGUGGUCAUUGUAAAUAUGUAAUGCAUUUACCAAUAUCUUGAAUUUUAGGGUAAAUCUAGCAAAACAAAAAUUUCGCUUUCCCUAAAGAUCAGUGAUACAGUAUCUGUUGUAAGUACUAGUUACAAUCAUAAUCGUUCCCUUUUCAAAGAUUAAAAGAGGAAAGUAUUGAAUAUCUUAGCCCAAAUUUUGUCCCUGUAUCAUGGUAUUGAACUGGAUUUAUGAAUGUUCGUUUUAUAAAUUUUUUAGUAGAA